GCAUUUUAAUCUUUAUGGUUGGCUGCUCUUUUAAAAUGAUGAAUAUUAUUAAAACAAUUGGCUGAAAGCUGAAAUAGCUUUUGUUGUGGUCGUUUACGCUGUUCACUUUAGGCAAUUUUACUCUUUUACUGCCUAAAACGACUGAAGAUGUCUCGAGGAAAUACAGCAGUUACAACUCAAUCAGAAACGAAAAAUUCUGACCGUGCUGGAAAAACCCCGCAGCGUCAGAUUGUCUGGUUGAACGUUUAUUUCAUUGCAGCUCUACACCUAAUGGCGCUGUACGGUAUCUAUCUCCUUCCAACAGCAAAUCCAAGAACUUGGGUCUGGGCUUGGCUUGGUCACAUCUUUGGGGGACUCGGUGUAACCGCUGGAGCUCAUAGGCUGUGGUGUCAUCGCUCUUACAAAGCCGUCUGGCCUCUCAGAUUGUUUCUAAUGUUGGUCAAUUGCAUUGCCGGGCAAAACGACAUCUUUGAAUGGGUAAGAGACCAUCGAGUUCAUCACAAAUACGCCGAAACCGAUGGAGACCCGCAUAAUGCUAAAAGAGGAUUCUUCUUCUCGCAUGUGGGAUGGCUGAUGGUCAAAAAGCACCCGGAUGUCAUAAAGAAAGGAAAGCUGUUGGACUUGAGUGACUUGCUCGAGGAUGAAAUCGUUAUGUUUCAGCGGAGGUAAUUAUGACAACUCCCACUUUUAGGUGCAUGUGUAAAUAGUUUGCAUGGGGGUAGGGUGGAGGAGACAAAAUGGUGUCGAUUACAUUGCUUUUUUGCUGGGCGGGCUGCCGUAAUGUGGUAUGUGCCGCCUAACAUGGUAUCGUUUUCGGGAUCUUGAGAGUAAACAGGGCAUGCAAUUUCAAUAGUAAAGCGUCUUGACUAGGUAUUCUUUCUAUCAGAGCCGGCGUGAACGUUGGCAGUGCGCGGUCUAUAAGUGUGGUCUCAACAACUUUAAAAAAAGUCUCAUUCUACGUACCCCGUUCUCAAAAGAACUUGGAGAUCUAAGAUGAAAUAACCGUGCGAACGGUGUGAUAAAGCUCCCACUGGCACCCAGCGUACAUUCUAUGAUGUUAGUUUUUAGAGUCACGAAGAAAGGACAUGUAUCUUGAAAAAAUAGCGAAAUGAGAUCAUUGCCUUAAACACGGCCAGGGCUUGAAGGCGCUGUUCUUUUGACUGAAUAGACAGCACUAUCGAGCCCCAGGAUCGAGCCUCGACCUCUUCGGACGAGUGAUGGUGUUAUGCAAUACCGCCUUCAUCGGCGAUCAACGUUGUAGUGUUUGUCGCAUAAUGUCACACCUCAAACAUUUCGCUUUCUUCAUGGUUAUAAAUCAACAAAGGUCAGUAGUGGUUGGUUGCUGCCAUCCUAGACUUGUGUCUUGUUGAUGUCUUGGAAAGUUUCUUUCUACAUAGUAUCAGCCUCGUUGAACUGAUUGUCCUUAUCUCUUUUCGCUUCGAUAGUUUUAUUAUUCUCUUUGUUUCUUCACAAUUUGCAUGCUCAAGAAUUGAAAAGUAGACGUUGCAUUUCGAGUCGUACUCUGAUGGUAGCCUUGAUCUCUUUUGUAAAAAUCGCCUUCAGGUACUUACCAGCCCCAAACGCCUAGUACAGAAAAGUGGUUUUUUCCACUGGCUGGGUAUCGGGUAGUCAGGCUUCACAGCCGUUGUCUGUGUUGUCACGCAACGCUCACGUUUGUGAGAAGCAGCGUUGCGUGAGGACACAAAGAACGGGUGUGCAGGCUAUUGUAGGUGCCGGGUUUAAAGAACUGAUCUGAUUGCUUCACAUAAAACAAGUUUUCUCGGUACACAAUAAUUACGUUCGUUGUUAGAAAUGCUUUCACACUCUGUAAGCUAGAUUGGAUCACUUCAUGAAGAUCCAUGCACAAAAUAUAUUGAAAGAAAAUGAUUAUUCAAUGUAGUAUAUCUUUGAUAAUAGAUAGUAUCAAAUCACCCAAAACAAUCGAGGGCGUGUGCCUCAUUUUUCGCGCGAGGCGGACUUUUCAUACUCUCGGGUGGUCUCUCUUUCUCGAAACUAUCAAGAAGGCCCAUAAUGAUUGUGUACAUGUACUUCGAAAUUGUUAGUGGCGAAUAUGGAAAUCAAUCAACACUCCUAAGUCUUUUAUUUUCUUCGUUAAUAUUGUUAAGGAGUGAAAUUCUAGUUAUUCUCCAGGAUAUUCCUGACUUACUAUAGACUGCGGGCAGUGUCUCAUUUUUCUUUUCAGUCACGGUCGAUUGAAAGCCGCACAUGUGGGGGGAGGGUGGGGGAGAGCUAGACUUUUAAGAGUAAUGCCUAAAUCUUCAUUCGAGAAAAGUAAAAUAUUUCAACGUCAAUUAUACAACUUUUAUCUAAUCGUCUUAUUCAAAAUACCACUUCCAUUCUAAGCAAUAAUAGAUUUUAUAAAUAGCACUAAUGCUAGCGGGGCUGGGAAAAUGUUUGAAACUAAUUAUUUAAAUCAAACUUGUUUCGAUGGAAAUCAUUUAAAUAAUUAAACUUCGCCCUGGAAGAUAAUAGGCGAUUCUUGUAAUACCGUUUUAUGGUGCUUUCUAAUUUGCGAUUGGACUUUUGCUACAAGCAAACAGAAAUUUAUAUAUCUUCAGCCUUUACGCGGGAAAAACAUGACAUGAAGUACAUUAACAGCUCUCCUUGUGACAGCAGAGAAAUUUAUAACAAAGAUCUUAAAUGUUCUAAUCUUGUUGCAGGCAUUACAACCUCCUCGGAACCUUGUUUAACGUCUUAAUUCCUACAGUGGGUCCUUGGUACCUAUGGAAUGAAAGCCUGUACAAUGGAUUUUUCAUCGCCUUUGCCUUGCGUUACACCUUCACCCUUAACUGUGCGUGGUGUGUGAAUAGUUUUGCUCAUAUGUGGGGGACAAGACCCUAUGACAAGAGUAUCGCAUCUGCAGAGAGCAUGACUGCCAUCAUAACAAGCAGUGGUGAAGGCUUCCACAACUUUCAUCAUUCGUUCCCACAAGAUUAUGCCACAAGUGAAUAUCCCUCGCUUUUGAAUUUCACUAAAAUGCUCAUUGAUGUAUGGAGGCUGCUAGGAUUGGCAUACGAUUUAAAAACUGUAUCCAAGGAGUCGGUAUUAAAGAAAAGAAUGCGAUCUGGUGACCUACAACACCUAAAGGAGCACACUAGCUAAAUAUUCGUGGUAUUGAUUGAAAGGAGCUGUGUCCCGAAACUAGAACAAAUUCUUAAAAAACUGUCCACCAAAAUGUAACCGCUAGAUAUUUAUUUAACUGAUACAGCAACUACACUCAAAAGAAGGCAUGGAUGAAAAAAAAUUCAAGAAAAAAAAGAGAGAUCAUUGCAGUUGGGGUUUUUAAACUGUUUAGUAUCAGUUGUUUUUACUUUAAACUGCUCUACUUGGGAGUCAUUAAGAGUUUUUUUUUUCGCUUUUGUAAGAACUAAACAAAAUCGAUUAACUGACGGGCGUAACAUAUUGCAUUGAAGUGUUACAGCCUGAGGCU